UGCGCAGGGGGGGGGGGAGGGGGGGGGCGCCGCUCCCGCGGCGUGCGCGGGCGGGGGCGCAGCUCGGGAGCGACACAGGCGUGGCCUCGCUGCGCCGCCCCUUCGGGAUGGGCAACAACUUUGCAAGGUGCAAGGAGAACUUCGGGGACUCCGACAGCGAGGAGAUCUUCCAGUCCCGCUACACCAGCGGCUGGUUCCCGCAGGCCCCAGCCCGCCGCCGUGCGCCCGGGCCUACAGGUGUUGGAAGCGCGGCUCCUCGAGAGGCUACGCCAUGAAGGCCUUCGAGUCGAACGAGGGCGCCUCUGCGCACGCGGUCAACGAGAUCAAGGUUCUGGAUGCCCUCGGCAAGCACCCCCGCAUUACGCACAUGAUCGAGUACGACAUGAAGGACCUGAUGGCGGUGCGCGUAGUGCUCGAGCUGUGCGAGGGCGGUCAGUUAUUCGACCGCAUCCGCGCGCGAGGGUACUACGAGGAGCCCAAGGCGGCAGUGGUCGUGCGCCAGGUGCUCGAGGCCGUUGCUUUCCUGCAUUCGAAGGGAGUCAUGCAUCGCGACAUGAAGCCCGAGAACGUCCUGCUGGUGAGCAGGGACAGCGACACCGACGUCAAGGUCUGCGACUUCGGGCUGGCCAAGAUGGCGCCCAUCUCCCUGCAGAACCCCCGGGGCCCUCGGUCCGUGUCCUUCCGGGGCUCCGACCACUACCUGGCGCCGGAGAUCAUCCGCCAGGAGGACGCCCUCGUGCGCUCGUCCCUCGGGCACCAGCAGUGGUUCUUCAGAGGCCCCGUGACGGAGGACCCGCCGUCGGUCAAGACGUCGAUCUUCCAGAGGCGAAGUGUGGCGCACACGCUCUCGCAGGCCGCGGGCGAAGUGGAGUUCCUGCAGCCGCCACAGGCGCUGUCGCUGCUGGUACCGCCGACGCCGCCCCUGUCCCCCGCGGACGCCAAGCCGCUCUUCUCGCACAUCCCGAAGAACGGAGGGCGUCGCGGCGUGAUCCGCGGAGCCGCCCAGGCGCACUCGCAGCUGGCGCGUUGGCUCUUAUGCGCGGACACCUGCGAACACUUUGCGGCCGCCGUGGUGCGCGCAAAGCAGCUCUGCAUUUUGGGCUCGGCGCUCGGCGCUGCCAUCCGCGCCUCCGCCGUGCGGCCCCCGCCGGCAGCCUCGCGGACAGACGGCCUCGUGCUCUUCGCUGCCAUCGAUGCCGACGCGCGGCGCCUUCCUGGAAUGGAGUGCCCAGCUCGCGAUUUGGAAGGCCGCGGUCCGUUCGACGCAGAGACGGGGGCGCGCGAUAUCAUUGCGCGUGCCCAGCGACCGCGCUUGCCUGCCCGCCCCGGGGCGGACGGCUCUGCCCUGGACAACCGGCAGUCGAAGAGCUCGCGCCGCAGCGACGACCGUGAGCAUCUCUGCGCCCCCGUGGAUUUUAAAUUUUCGAACGCGCGCAUCGGACGGAGGUCUAGCGCCGACGCCCCGUCGAGCUCGCAGCGGCGCCGCGGCUCACCGCGGGCGUUCUUGGAUGUCGCGGGAACGCUCGCGGCCCCCAGGCAGAAGUUUUUCGAGGUGCUAGAGUUCAACUCAAUGUUCUGCGCCGCUGGAGCGAACGACGGCGAUCCCCCUUGCGUCUCGCGCGCGGGCUUCGCAGCGAGGACCGCGUUGCUACGGGGGGAUGAGGCGAACGGCUUCUCAGGCUUCAGUUCCCGCGAGGACGGCCGGGGUCGGCGGCGAUGCCCGCGCUGCCUGUUCGGACGCGCCUCGCUGCAGAGGUCUCUCGCGGGCCGCCUUGAAUCCGCAAGAAGCAGCCAGCGCCGGGGGGCGCGGCUGGAUCAGACCAGGCCCUGCGUGCCCGAGCACGCAGGCGCUCGGCUGCGCGGCGGGGGCGGCCGUUUACAUCGCUGCCGCGAGUUGUUGCGGAACCCCAUUGGCGCCGACGGCGUGGCAGAUGUCAUCGACGUCCGAGCGCGCGCGCGCGCGUCUUGCUGGACGUUCGCGGCCCUCGUUUCGCAGUUGGAGACGAGGGCGCCGAAGUCACCGCAAGUAUCGCGUCAUUCCAGGAAGCGAGGGGUCGACUACUUCGACAGCAAAUCCAUGCUUUCCUGCGUUACGAAGGUCCCGUGCACGGGGGAGCACGUGCCCGUGGGGCUGGCCGUGCGCUUGGGGUGUGCGCCGGCCAGCUACAGGCCUGGUCAACACAUGUUCGCGGUCCUAAGGCAUCCAUACACGCGAGCUGUCAGCCAGUGGUCGUGGGGGGCCGACCUGUGGAACAAAACGCUUGGCUACGAACUUACAGCAAUCGGCAUGAACAAGUUCAUACAGGACUCUAUAGCCAAUUCGUCGGUCGCAACGGACAGUUUCCUGACGUGUUGGGCAGGAGGUCAGCCUUGGCGUAGUAACUGUGGUCGUUUCAUCCAGGACUGCCAUUGGCUGCCGCAGGCCGAUUAUAUUUUUGACAUCGACCAUCGCCAGCCUCUGGUCACCACCCUCCUCAACCAGACGAACCUUGCUGAGGAGCUUCGGACGCUGCUGGGCGAGCCUUCCAACGAGACGUUCAAAGUUGCAAUGAACAGUGAACUCGUAAACGACAUGGAGGAUGGAACCACAACUUCGGGAUUUCAGUCGUGGGUAUGCGCCCUGACAGAGCAGACCAAACAGGUGCUCGACGCACACUACGCCAUUGACUUCGAGAAGUUCGGGCCGGGGGGCAGGGGCAGCCGGGGCAGGCCCGUGCGCUGGAUGGCGCACGCGGGGGCGCAGCCCCUGCCGUCGUGGCUGGCGGAGGUCGACUCCGUGUGGCUCGAGGACUUCGCCCCCGCGGUGCGAGAGCACAUCUCGGAUGCCGCGGCCAACGUCGUGCAGGACUGGACGCAACCCACGGAGAAGGACGAGACGCGCGAGACGUGGCUGUACGUCAUCGAUAUGCUGGCCGCGCGCGUGGACCUCUUCAGCAGGCCUCACACGGACUGGCCCGUGCAGAUGCACCUGCUGCACGUGGUCUGCUUCCACGACUCCAUGGGCGAAGCCGACCUGCAGAGGCUGGCCGGCCUCGUCGAGGCCGGCGCCGUCCUCCGUGGCGGCCAGUCCAACGACGUGCUGCGGGCCGCCCCGGUGGCCGAGGUCGUCGCGCGGCUCCAGCGGGCAGCCGGGGACCUGGCAUGCCUGCUAAGGCUGCGCGCGGUGCUGCUGAGGGCGUGCAGCGGCAGCAUAGCGACGCUGGAGGACCUGCAGGACGCCAUCGACGGGGCCUGCGAGGGCACCCGCCGAGCUCGUGCGGGGGCGCGGGCGCCGGCCGCGGAGGCCGCGGGCACCGCGGAGCUGGCGCUGCGCGCGGAGCGGGCGCUGGAGGACUUCGCGCGGCAGGUCCUGCGCAUCACCUGGCAGAGCGACGGACCGGGCCUGGGCUCCCAGGGCCUGGACCCGCUGCCCCCCGCCGAGCUCGGGGGCGGCAGACACCUGUGCGCCGCGCUGAAGGCCACCGAGGCCUCGUUCCCGUCGGCGCUCCUGCAGCACGCGGCCAAGCGGGUCGGCCACCUGGUGGCCACCGCCCGCCACCUGAUCUUCCCGCAGCUCUUCUCAGAGCCCCUAGAGCGCGCGCGGGACCUGAACGUCAUCAAGGAGCUGUUCCUGGCCGUCGACGUCGACAGGAGUGGCUCCAUCGAAUACCAGGAGUUUGUGAAGUGCAUGAACAAGCCAGAGUGUUUCCGCAUCAUGAACCAGCGCUUCGGGCUGCAGAGGCAUCAGUCCAAGAUCAUGUUCACCGCGCUGGACGUGGACGGGGACGGCUGCGUCACGCUGAACGAGUGGUUCGACACGCUGAAGACGUUCAUGGACUCUGGGGUUCCCUCGGUCCUCGCGCACCGGCGCGUGAAGGAGAUACGGGAUCUCCGUGACCAGGCGUGCCAGGGCAAGUUCGAUCAGCGCGGGAGGACGCCAUGA